GCAGAUGGAAAGGAAAACAAGCUUGCUUUGGGGCUAUCCCUCUGACAGAGUUUCUCCACGAGUCUGGACAAACUUUGGCCUUGAUGGGUAGUCUGGUGGAGGAGACAGCCUCGUUGUCCCCUCUCUGCUGCUUGGACUUAGUCCAUUCUGGAGGAGGGCGGCUUGAAGAAAGACUGGGGAAGGAGAGAAUAAUGAUCUCCAAAGGAAAAAUCAUUCUAUUUCUGCUGAUUUUAUUAACUGCGCUGGUGGUGCUCUGGGGAUAUAAUAACAGCACAGAAGGAACUUUUUUGUGUCUAUACCCUUACCAAUCCAGAGGGAAAAUGAAUAGCAAUGCUUAUGGUCAGAAGAGUUGGUGGCUGUCCAACUGGUUUAACAAUAGGAGCCAGGAUGAUCAAAUUGAAGAACCCCAGCUGUCAGAUUGGUUUAAUCCCAAAAAACGUCCUGAUGUUCUGACUCUGACAGAUUGGCUUGCUCCAGUUGUGUGGGAAGGGACUUACCAUAGGAAGGUCCUGGAAGACUAUUACGCAAAGCAAAAGAUCACUGUGGGCUUAACAGUAUUCGCUGUUGGAAGAUAUCUUGAUCGGUAUUUGGAGGAGUUCAUGACAUCUGCUGAGAAAUACUUCAUGGUUGGUCAAAGAGUCAUAUUUUACAUCAUGGUGGAUGACUCUUCUAAGAUUCCUUGGAUACAGCUGGGUCCUCUUCGUACACUGAAAGUAUUUGAAAUCAACAGAGAGAAGAGGUGGCAGGACAUAAGCAUGAUGCGCAUGAAGAUCAUUGGGGAGCACAUUAUAAAUCACAUCCAAUAUGAAGUUGACUUCCUCUUUUGCAUGGACGUGGAUCAGAUCUUCAAGGAUGAUUUUGGAGUAGAGACUCUAGGCGAGUCAGUAGCUCAACUCCAGGCAUGGUGGUAUAAGGCAGAUCCUACUGAGUUCACUUAUGAGAGGAGGCCUGAGUCUGCGGCAUACAUCCCUUUUGGCCAGGGAGAUUUCUAUUACCAUGCGGCCAUUUUUGGGGGCACACCCCUUAGGGUUUUGAACCUCACCCAGGAAUGCUUCAAGGGAAUUCUUCAAGACAAGGAAAAUGACAUUGAAGCUGAGUGGCAUGAUGAAAGCCAUCUCAACAAGUAUUUCCUUCUCAACAAACCCACAAAAAUCUUAUCCCCAGAAUACUGCUGGGAUUAUCAUAUAGGCUCCUCCUCAGACAUAAGACUUGUCAAAAUUGCUUGGCAGUCAAAAGAAUAUAAUGUGGUUAGAAGUAACCCUUGAUAUUUUAGGUGGAAUAGUAUUAAGUCUCUGGAUUAGAGGGCCUAUCAUGCUGGCUAAUUUCUCAAAGCAGUUGCACUUUAAAAAAAAAAGUAAAGCCAAAAAAAUGACAAAAAAAUCAUCACCUCACUCAAGAGCAAAUUCACAAAACCUCUUCUUUCUUUGUAAUUUUGAAUCUUCUGCAUGGGUGAUACUGGAUAAAGGACAUAUCUUUGGAAAUUAGAUGUAAAUACACUCUGAUUUUUUUUUAUAUCUACUGUGGGUAAUGGGAAAAUAUUUUGGCCUUAUUAAAAUAUGACAAGAUAGUCAUAAGGAUUUGAAGCCAGAGACACUCUUAUUUUGUAAGUGAAAUUCACCCAUCCCAGGGUCGGUGAGGAAGAUACAGGUCAUGGUUUGGUCCCUUAUGAUUUUGUAAUAUAUUAUUAUUCUCACCUAGCCUGAAGGACAGUGACACCUGCCCUGUGCCAAUACUUUAUAAAGACUGUGGACUAUGACACAACACAAGUUUACAAUUCUUAGUUGACGUAUCAAUGGUAUAUUACCUGAAGCAAUUUGAGGACUAUAACCAUUCCUGCCUAGAAAGCAAUCCAUUUGUGUGCAUGAUUUGUAGGAGAUACAAAUACCCAAACAUGGAGAAUUUUCAUAAUAAAGUCCAGGGGCUUUAUCUCAGUGACUCUUCUGGGGCUAGGUAUUAAAUAUCUGUUCAACAAGAGGCAGAUUAACUCCUAAGCAAGUAUUAAAUUGUCUGCAUGAGCUGGGAGGGCUGGAAAAUGUGAAGUAAGAGUCUGGCGACCAGUCUGGGACUCUAUUAGAUCCCAAUGGUGCACUGAACGUAGUGGAGAUGUGAAACUGGUAUUUAAUGACCUGUGUUACUAGAGGGAGGAAGGCAUCUUGACUCCUUGUUCCCAGUGGACGCAACACAUUUACAGGGCUACCUAAUGACUCUCCAACUGGCCACUGCCUCCCUCUGCUUGUCAUCAUCCUGUUUUAUACCAACCCCAGGUACAGUUUUCACCUUGUGGUUUUUAUGCCCCAAACGAGGACAAGGGGUCAGGAGAGCCUAGAGACAGAGAAAGGGCCAGUGGAUAUGGGAAAGAAAGAGUGAGAAGUUUUAGGUUCUUUGCCCUGGGCUUCCUUAGAACAAGAGUUAGCAAAUCUAAAUGCUCUGUUAUUCAAAUGUCACCACCAGUGCCAUUUGGACCACAUCAGGGCAGUGAAAAUGAAAGAGCAAUCAAAGAUAGGGAAAGCAAAAGACAUCCAGUGAAUGACUGUAGGCGCUCAAAAAUGGAAUUCCAUAGGAAUUAUUAUGGAAACAAAUAUAGAUGGGAAUGUUAGGCUUUGGGGUAAUAAUAUUCUUGAAAAAGACUUUAGUAUCCUCUGAGAGAGAUUGUACAUGUCUUUAGACCUCGUUGGUAAUUGAGCCAGUAGAUCACUGAGUAGGCAGGAGAAGGAAUGUACAUUUAGGUUGAUUUUCCUAGUUUUCUCUUGUGUUCAGCUCAAGUUAUUUUCCGUGUUCAAGUAAGUUCCUUAAGGGCCUAUUUUUCAUUGCAUAUCUCAGGCUAACUACUGUGUAGGGACUAUUUUGACAUAAUGUAACAGUAAUUAACAGGAAUGUUCUCCUGUUUCCUCUCCCCAUCUAACACUUUCUUUGUAAAAAAUGAUGAUAAUAAAUUUUAAAUAGCUGCAGGGAUAAAUAGGUCAUAUGAUGAUCAAAGCCCUCCUGAUCUCUAUAAAUAUUAGUUAAUCCAUUUUUGACUGGAUUUGGAUGAAGGAGGGGUAGGAUUUCCACCCUGCACUCAACAUGGUGUAUUCUGAAUGUUUUGGUAUCAGGGCUAAGAGGCAACUUUAAAAGGAGUUACUGAUUAGUAUACUCUCUCUCUUUUUUUUUUUUUUUUUUUUUUUUUAAUAAAGGAAAGAGUCUUUGGAAUUCCAGUUGGAACAAGCUCGGUAUAUCUUUAAUGAUUAUUCAUAAACUUUUAAUAUCAGACGAUAUGUAAAAAAUAAAUUAUUUUCUCAGAA